AUGAGAAAACUUGCCCUUGCCAUUGCCGUGUUCCUCUUCCUCUGUGCGGAAGGAAUGCAUGUUCGGCCUCCUCCGCUCUUGGCAGGAAAUACAGUACGAGUGGUUGCGACCGGCGGCGCCGUCACUGGCUCUUCCCUUGCGACUGGCACGACGUUUCUAGCAUCUCAAUACAAUCUCACCGUUCAACUGGAUCCUCACGUCUACGAUGCAGACAUGUACUAUGCCGGAACUGACGCCGUGCGUGCCCAAGAGAUUUUGGACGCAUACGCCAAUCCAGACGCGACGACAAUAUGGGCUGCCCGGGGGGGUUAUGGCACGGCAAGGCUGCUGGCUCAACUUGAGCCUAUUCUUUUACCUACUCUUCGCCAAUCCCCCAAAUGGCUGAUUGGAUAUUCAGACGUCACGGCUUUGCAAGCUUUGUGGAACAAGGCAGGCGUCAUCACAAUGUAUGCUGCCAUGGGUAUCAACGUCCAUACAGUAACCCAGGCGCAUCGUGAUAGCCUCUUCUCUGUCAUCUCCACAGCCGCUACGACUACACAAACAUUCAAUGGCGCUAUUCGGUAUACUGGACCCAAUAAUGCAGGGGCAAGAGGCCGCUUAUUUGGGGGAAACCUCAGCGUCUUGGCCAGUCUCGUCGGGUCGGGUUUUUUGCCAUCCUACCACGACGCAAUCCUCUUCAUAGAGGACACGGACGAAGUGGCAUACAGCGUCGACAGACUCUUGACCACUCUCUUACGCUCACAUGACUUUCGUGGCAUCGUAGGCAUCGCAAUAGGCCAACUUAUCAACGCAGACACCAGCUCAUACACUGCGCUGCAACUCUUGGACCGUACGCUUGCGCCAUUGGGGAUUCCGGUCAUCACCGGUCUUUCUGUGGGUCACGAUACGACAAAGACGAUGCCCCUUGCGCUCGGAGCCGACGCGGAGAUUGACGUCGCGAGCGCCUCGCUCAAGCUGUACAUUCCCGCGGUAUAG